UCUUGCUUAAGAUAGUGUAGUAUGUUCAUGUCCUUUUCCAAAGCAAGAAAAGUUAAUCUGAAAUGAACAUGAAAAUCCUUAAUAAAGGAAAAGGCAGAUUUCAAGAGAGCUACAGACCCAAACAUGGGUGAAUAUUGCCAAAAUCAUCAAUCAAAAAAGUGAAAGCCAAGUGGGGUGAAGAUUGGGGGGAGGAUUUGCAAUCAAACAAAGUCUUCAGUCUAUCAACUCCUGAAAUGCUAAAAUCAGAGUGGAAGCUCCAUAGAACUGACUGUUGUCUGUUCUUCCUCAUCUUCAAUGGGUUUAAUCUUCCUUUACCUUCUUUUAAUUCUGUGCUUGAUUCAAUCUAGUCUCUCCCAAGUGAAAGAAUUCAUCAGUAUAGAUUGUGGAAGCACAAGUAAUUACACUGACCCGAGAACUAGAUUAGACUGGAUUUCAGACACUGAACUUAUGAGCCAUGGAAAAUCAGUAGAAGUGGAGAAUCCAAAUGGAGACUUGCCUCAAUAUCAGAGACGCCGGGACUUCCCCAUAGACAGCAAGAAGUACUGCUAUAAUCUAAAGACCACAGAGAGAAGGCGAUACCUUGUCAGAGCAACCUUUUUAUAUAGCAGCUCUUUAAGCGUAGACACAUACCCCAAAUUUCAGCUCUACCUGGAUGCAACCAAGUGGUCAACUGUAACCGUGCAGGACGGAUCCAGAGUAUAUGUGAAGGAAAUUAUCAUCAGGGCACGCUCAAAUUCCAUUGAUGUGUGCUUGUGCUGUGCAACAACAGGUUCCCCGUUCAUAUCCACCCUAGAGCUGCGGCCAUUGAAUCUGUCAAUGUAUGCGACAGAUUUUGAGGAUGAUUUCUAUCUAAAAGUAGCAGCAAGGGUAAAUUUUGGAGCCCCAAGCAGAGAAGUUGUAAGGUAUCCGGAUGAUCCAUAUGACCGAAUAUGGGAUUCAGAUCUUGAUAGAAGACAAAAUUUUCUUGUAGGUGUAGCUCCUGGCACUGAAAGAAUCAAUACAACGAAGAACAUAAAUGUCAAUACAAGAGAAUAUCCACCUGUGAAAGUAAUGCAGAGUGCAGUGCUUGGCACAAAAGGGAUUCUCAGCUAUAGGUUAAAUUUAGAAGAUUUCCCAGCGAAUGCUCGUGCUUAUGCAUACUUUGCUGAAAUUCAGGACUUGAGUUCGAAUGAAACACGAAAAUUUAAAAUCACGCAGCCUUAUGUUCCUGAUUAUAGCAAUGCAGUGGUGAAUAUUGCUGAGAAUGCAAAUGGGAGCUACACUCUAUAUGAACCUAGCUUCAUGAAUGUAACACUGGAUUUCGUUCUGACAUUCUCCUUUGCAAAAACCAGGGAUUCUACUCAAGGACCACUUCUGAAUGCAAUUGAAAUAAGCAAAUAUGUACAGAUUGCCUCAAAGACACAUGAGCAAGAUGUGAAUGCUGUCAAUGCUCUUCGCUCCAUGUCUGCCGAGAGUGUCCAGACAAAUGAAGGUGAUCCCUGUGUGCCAGCUCAGUGGGAAUGGGUCUCUUGCAGCUCUAGCGCCCCACCAAGAAUUACAAAAGUUAUGUUGUCAGGAAAAAGCGUGCAGGGUGAAAUCCCACCAGAGAUCAACAACAUGGAUGCAUUGACAGAGCUAUGGUUAGAUGACAACUUCCUCACUGGGUCAAUCCCUGACAUGAGUAAUCUGAUCAAGUUAACAACUCUGCAUCUAGAGAACAACAAAUUGAAUGGUCCCCUACCUUCUUACCUGGGUAGUUUACCAAGCUUACAAGAAUUGUAUGUACAGAACAACUCCUUGAGCGGGGAAAUCCCUCCGGCAUUGUCAGCGAGAAAUAUUUCUUUUGACUAUAAAGACAAUCCUGGUCUACAUCGGAACUCAAAGCAUAAGACCCAUUACAAGCUGAUAGUUGGAACUUCAAUAGGAGUACUUGCAAUUCUUUCAUUCCUACUGUUAGGAAGCUUGUUAAUAGUGUACAAACAUCGGAGAAAGAAUUCUUAUCGGAGAAGUGAUGAUAAAGGUGAUUCUUUCCGGCUCAGCACAAAACCUUCAAGUGGCUAUUCAAUUGCACGAGGUGGACAUUUGAUGGAUGAAGGAGUUGCAAUCUAUAUUCCAGUGUCUGAGAUAGAAGAAGCUACUAAAAAUUUUUCAACGAGAAUUGGGAAAGGAAGUUUUGGACCUGUCUAUCAUGGGAAGAUGAAAGAUGGGAAAGAGGUCGCAGUUAAGAUCAUGGCUGAUUCAACUAGCCAUGGAACACAGCAAUUUGUGACUGAGGUUGCCCUCUUGUCAAGAAUUCACCAUAGGAAUCUAGUUCCUUUAAUUGGAUAUUGUGAAGAAGCACAUCAGCGGAUGCUAGUUUAUGAAUACAUGCAUAACGGAACUUUGAGGGAUCACAUUCAUGAUCCAGCCAACAAGAAACACUUGGACUGGAUGGCCCGUCUUAAUAUUGCACAAGAUGCUGCUAAGGGCCUUGAGUACUUGCACACUGGAUGUAACCCCAGUAUCAUUCACCGCGAUGUGAAAACGAGCAACAUUCUUCUGGACAUCCAUAUGAGGGCAAAAGUGUCUGAUUUUGGACUUUCAAGACAAGCUGAAGAAGACAUAACCCAUAUAUCAAGUGUGGCACGGGGAACAGUAGGAUACCUAGAUCCUGAGUACUAUGGGAAUCAGCAAUUGACUGAAAAGAGUGAUGUUUAUAGUUUUGGGGUUGUGCUAUUGGAACUUAUCUCUGGAAGAAAACCCGUAUCAAAUGAAGAUUAUGAUGCCGAGUGGAACAUUGUUCACUGGGCAAGGUCAUUGAUUCGAAAAGGGGAUGUAAUUAGCAUCAUGGAUCCUUCUCUCUUAGGAAGUGUCAGGGUUGAGUCUGUAUGGCGAGUUGCAGAAGUUGCAAUACAAUGCGUCGACCAACACGGUUAUUCUCGCCCAAAGAUGCAGGAAAUAAUACUGGCUAUACAAGAUGCAAUGAAGAUUCAGAAAGGAAAUGAAAAUUCAUCUUCUGGGAGUUCAAGAUCACAGCCUGCACGCAAAACACUACUAACAAGUUUUCUAGAUAUUGAGAGCCCAGACACAUCCAAUGGAAACUUUAGGAGCUGGAGGAGAUCACCAUGUUCUUUGAUGUUUGAGUUGAUCAAAAUGGGCAAUAAAGAAUGCAGGCACCAAUCAAGAUGGGAUAAAGAAGCAAAGAUAUUUCAUAUUUGGACACAUGAAUGUACAUGUUAUGUUGGUUAUACGUAUUUAUAUUUAUAUGCAUGUGAUGGUGUCAUGAACCCACAUUAUUCAUCUUAAAAAUUGUUUCAUUUGUCUAACAUUAUAGACGAUCCCAUCCAUAUUAAUUAUCUAUGGAUUUUGAACCUUGACUCUA